GGAGAUAACGCAGCUGGUUGCAAAAAAACGUUUGGCUCGCUUAUCGGACCUCCCCACAACACCAACAUCUGGACCGCUCGCCGUAGACGGCCGGCUUAGGCCGCCGUGAGCUCAGCUAUGGCAUCUAGCAUGGAGGAGGACAACCAGCCGGUCGCUGCUGAGGCCGGCUCGUCGUUCGACCUCGAGGCCUACAUCGCCAACUAUACUGGGCAUGCGAAAGUCGACCGGCUCCUGUUUAUCGCGGAGCGGAGCUCGGGCAAGCCCCUGGAGUUAGAGGCACUGCGCAUGGCUCAUGAUGAGCUGAAAAAGACGGAGAACACGGCCCGCUAUCAGGAGGUGGUGGCACGCAUUGACGGGCGGCUGGGGUCAGCCUACACGCCAGACAGGGCUUGGGUGGAGAACACCGAGCGGCGGUCUGCGCAGAAGGGCGAGCGUCUGGAGUCGGAGCUGCAGAGCUUCAAGGCGGCGCUGAUGAAAGAGAGCAUCCGCAUGGGCCACUCUGACCUGGGGGACUGGGCGUACGAGCGGGGGGACCUGCAGACUGCGUUCAAGUGCUACGUGCGCACGCGCGACUACUGCACCACGUCCCGCCACGUGGUGGCCAUGUGCCUGGCCGUCAUCCGCACCGCCCUGGAGCUGGGCAACUUCGUGCACGUGGCCAACUACGUGGGCAAGGCGGAGGCGACUCCCGACGUGUCCAACGACUCGGUCACCAUGGCCAAGCUGCGUGCGGCCAGCGGCAUCAACCUGCUGCACAGCCGCAAGUACAAGCAGGCCGCGCGCAAGUUCUGCGAGGUGUCCCCGGACCUGGGCACCAGCUACAGCGACGUGCUGGCGCUGCACGACGUGGCGGUGUACGGCAGCCUGUGCGCGCUGGCCAGCCUGGACAGGUCGGAGCUGCGCAGCCGCGUCAUCGCCAACAUCGGGUUCAGGGAGGUGCUGGAGCUGGCGCCGGAGAUGCGCGAGCUGGUGCACGCCUUCUACAACAGCCAGUACGCGGCGGCGCUGCGGCUGCUGGAGGGACUCAAGCCCGCAUUGCUGCUGGACAUGCACGUGGCGGAGCACGUGCCUGCCCUGUACGCCGCCAUCCGGCAUCGGGCUCUGUGCCAGUACGUGCAGCCGUUCAGCAGUGUGGACCUGGCGGUCAUGGCGGCGGCGCUCAACACGCCGGUGGCCGAGCUGGAGAAGCAGCUCGCGGGGCUGAUCAUGGACGGAGCCAUCUCGGCGCGCAUCGACUCGGCAACCAAGGUGCUGUACGCCAGCAAGGCCGACGCGCGCGUGACCACCUUCCAGCGCGUACUGGCUGCGGGCGAGGCCUACUGCCGUGACACGCGCGCACUGCUGCUGCGCGCCAACCUGGUGCAGCACGACUUCAUGCAGGCGGGGCUAGGCGGGGCGGGCGGAGGUGGCGGGCGCGGGCGGAAGGACCGGCUGGAGCGGGGGCUGUACGACAUGGGCAUGGGCGGCGGCGGCGGCCUCAUGUACGGCAUGGGCAGGUCCAUGGGCGUGCUCAUCUGAGCAGAAGGGGGAAUACAGAGGGGGGUGUACGGUAUGUGUAUGGUGGCACGCUCACCGGGGUGAUGGUCACGUUGACGUUUCAACGGCAUGUCCAUGCUGUUGCUGUGAAGGGUUAUUGAGGGCCGCUUGCGCAGGGCUGCAUGCGUUAAUUGUGCGAGUAGAUAAAGUGUUCUUCACUUGCUGCGGCUAUAGUUCAUGGAUGCGCACCGGCCUGGCACCGCAAAAGUGCCGUUUGAUGUCAAGUGAGACUAGCUGAGGCAUAUGGACUGCAGGUUGCAAAGGAUGCUGGGCAGGUUGGCGGCAAUGUCGGCAGCAUGCUGGCACAUACUUGGCACAGGUCGUAACAACAGUCAAAGAAUCACACGGCACCGUCAAUUCAUGCUUACCGGUGCACAAGGACGGCGAAUGUGCCAACCUGGGAGUCACAGUGUGGCACGCCUGCUUUAUGGUGCUCUCGUGCUGCCGACAUUGCCACCCAUCCCUAUGCAACAUGCAUC